AUGUUUGAUACUCGUUUCAUCGGGUUCGAGCCUGGCACGAAUAAUCUGGAGCUUGCUGGUGCCUCUAUUCUCGUUGACCUGAAGGACUUUGACGGUGUUCAGCUUGCUGUUGACAGUCUCGCCGCUGAUCUCCACAAAGUAACCGGUUCCAAGUCAGCAAUAUUCAACGAUGUCGCUUCUCUGAACUGGGAAGAUUCGUCAAAUGUGCUAUCCAGGGACAUAAUGAUUGUUGUGGGAAGCCUAGAAAAGUCUCAGUUCAUUCGUGAGCUGGUAGAUACUGGCAAUCUCUGUGUCCAGAGUAUUCAAGGCAAAUGGGAAUCUUUCCAGACCAACGUUCUAGCCUGUCCGUGGCCAAGCACAAAGCACAUGUUGGUCAUUUCGGGCAGUGACAAGCGAGGAACUAUAUUCGGUAUAUACACUCUCGCAGAACAGAUUGGCGUAUCACCGUGGUAUUGGUGGGCCGAUGUCCCUAUAUCGCCACACAAGCAUAUAUAUGCUCUUCCUAUACAGACAGCCCAAGGCGAGCCCAGCGUACAAUACCGUGGGAUUUUCAUCAACGAUGAGACACCGGGGUUGAUUGACUGGGCUCAUGAGAAGUUUGGACCCAAGUUGAAUUCGGAGUUUUACAAGACGGUUUUCGAAUUGCUCUUGCGUAUGAAAGCCAACUUUAUAUGGCCUGCUAUGUGGUCUGGCUUCCCAGAGCCGGGAAGCAUCUUCUUUGAAGACGAUCCAUUGAAUCAAGAACUAGCUCAUAGGUAUGGCAUCGUUGUUUCAACCUCUCAUCAUGAGCCGAUGCAGCGGAAUAUGUCGGAGUGGCGUAUGUCAAAUAAGGGAAAAUGGGUGUGGGAAGAGAACAAGGAGAGAAUUGUCGAUUUUAUGAGGGCGGGCGCCGAGCGAGCUCAUCCUUACGAAAGCAUUCUCACAUUGGGAAUGCGAGGGGAAAGUGACGGCGCGAUACAGUCACAAGACCCCCGCGCUAUUUUAACAGAUGUCGUUGCCACUCAGAGGGACAUCAUCAACGAUAUCUAUGGAAGGCCAGAUGGUGUAGGUCAGGUCAUGGCUUUGUACAAAGAGGUUCAGAAGCACUACGAAGAAGGGCUUGAAGUCCCGGAUGAUGUUACUUUACUGUUCGCUGAUGACAACUUUGGUAACAUCCGUCGACUACCGACAUCGAAGGAGAGACAUCGUCAAGGUGGAGCAGGGAUUUAUUAUCAUCUUGAAUACGUCCUAUUGGCCCUAUUCUACGAAAAAGUUGCUAAGACAGACAAGGCAAAAAUUCAACAACAACUGUUGGCUGCACAUGCCAGUGACGCACGCAAGAUCUGGUUGUUUAACGUCGGCGAUAUUAAGCCGCUAGAGCUACCACUCACAUUUGCUCUUUCCCUGGCUUGGAAUAUCCAUACUCCAUGCCCCGUCAGGCUAUUCGACUUCUUCGAUGCUUACGCAGAACGUGAGUUUGGGUUGAAGUAUGCCAAAGAUAUAGCAAAAUUGCUCAUGAGCCAUGAUCGGAUGAUGUCGUAUCGCCGGCAUGAACACAUCGAAUCGAAUACAUUCUCAAUUCUCCAAUAUAGGGAGGCCGAGAGCGUCAUGGCGAAGUGGCGUAUACUGGAAGAAAGAGCUGAAGAGGUUAUGAGGAGUUUGCCAACAUCGCAUAAGGCUGCUUAUUUCCAAAUAGUACAACAUCCUAUCCGCGCGUCCCGUAUUAACACCGAGCUACGUGUGACGUUGGGGCGGAAUCAGCUUUAUGGCCUGCAGCGCCGGAACACUACUAAUGUCCUCGCUUACCGGAUACUGCGCCUUUUUGACGAUGACUGGUCGCUCACUGAGGAAUACAACCACUCGCCAUGGGUUGAUGACAAGUGGAACCACAUCAUGAAGCAGCCACAUUACGGAUUUAGCCCUACAACGUGGCAAGCGCCGUCACGCGAUAUGAUCACAGGUCUCAGUUUCGUGCAGCGACAGCAAGCAUCAAAUUUCAUAUGUGGCCAAAUGGGUAUCGCUGUGGAGGGCCACACCGGUGUUAGGCCAGGUCUUGUCAAUGAAGAAUCUGAUCGUAUGCAACCUUCAAGGGGUGAACUGGUGUCGGGCUUGACUCUGCCAGAACUUUGCCCCUAUGGUCCCAAAAACCGGUUCUUUGAAAUCUAUACUCGAGGGCCGAAGGAUGUGGAUUGGUUCGCCGUCGUCGAGCAAGAUUGGGUCUUACUCUCUCAAUACUCAGGCCAUCUGUCUCCGGAUGGCGAAGAGGAUCAGCGUGUGGAGGUCUCGAUUGACUGGAACAAGGCUCCCAAGAAAUUUCAUGGGAUCGUUAUAAUCAACAUCCGAUCACAACAAGCUGAUUUCGAGCAAGUCCACGUGAAGGUCAUUUGCAGGCAGGUGCCCGAGGGUUUCAGCGGCUUUGUUGAGUCGAAUGGGUCAAUUUCAAUCGACGUCGGUAUGUCAUUUAGCGAAUCGCAGCAGCUAUACCAGGCAUAUCCUUACCUGGGACGGACCAGCUCAGGCGCUAUUGGACUUGCACUAUCGUCAAAGUUGCCGGGCAUCGAUUUACAGCCUUUGUUGUAUCCUAUCUAUCUCUUCUCCGGCCCGUCCACCUUUCGUGUCAUUCUGUACUUCACUAUGACUCUCGAAUACCAGCCGGAAGAACAGCUCAGAUAUGACAUUUUGCUUGGCGAUUCGAAACAGACAGCUCGGUUGCUAGAAUAUCACUUGAUCGCAGAUCUUCCUGUUGGUUGGGAAGAUGCGGUCCGGAACAACGUCUGGACUCGAACGCACUCUUUCUGCGCUGUCUCUCCGGGUGCGCAUGUCAUAGGAUAUCGACCGCUCGCACGGGGACUGUUGCUAGAGAGGAUUAUAGUGGAUGCAGGGGGUUUAAAGGAUAGCUACUUUGGGCCUCCGGCAAGCUCUUUUAUCGGAAAUUUGGAUUAA